AUGGCGGAUCCCAAUGCUCCUAAGCCUAGCAGCAGCGUGAAGCUAGUGCUGUUGGGAGAGGCUGCUGUUGGAAAGUCAUCUCUCGUGCUACGUUUCGUCAACAAUGACUUCCAAGAGAACAAGGAGCCUACGAUUGGCGCCGCCUUCCUCACACAAAAAUGCAACCUCCCCUCGCGGACAAUCAAGUUCGAAAUAUGGGACACCGCCGGCCAGGAGCGCUUCGCCUCCCUAGCCCCCAUGUACUACCGCAACGCCCAAGCCGCCCUCGUAGUCUACGACAUCACCAAGCCCGCCUCCCUCAUCAAAGCCAAGCACUGGGUCGCCGAGCUCCAGCGCCAGGCCUCCCCCGGAAUCGUCAUCGCCCUCGUCGGCAACAAGCUCGAUCUCGCCGAUGACUCCGUCGACGACGACUCCAACGCCCGCAAGGUCUCCACCGAGGAGGCGAAGACGUACGCCGACGAGGAGAGCCUGCUCUUCUUUGAGACGAGCGCCAAGACGGGCCACAUGGUCGAGGAUGUGUUUACGGCCAUUGCCAAUGCCAUUCCGGAGACGAGUCUUAAGAGCUCCAGGGUGCCCGGGGCGAGCUCGGCGGCUAGGGGUGGUGAUGAGCAGAGGGUUAACCUUACGGGCCCGAGGGAUGUCGGUGCGAAGGAAGGCUGCGCUUGUUAG